GGUAAGAUGACUUUUUUUUCAAUUCAAUACCAUCACUUAAUACUUUCUGCAUCUGGCCAGAAACUUGGACUACUUUGCGUGCGUUGACUUUAUAAUAAAUUUUUACAUUUCUCAUCUGGCCUGAAACUUGCAUUACUUUGCUUUCGUUGAUUUGAUUUUAUGACUAAUUAUUACAUUGUUCAUCUGGCCAGAAACUUGGACUACUUUGCGUGCGUUGACUUUAUAAUAAAUUUUUACAUUUCUCAUCUGGCCUGAAACUUGCAUUACUUUGCUUUCGUUGAUUUGAUUUUAUGACUAAUUAUUACAUUGUUCAUCUGGCCCGAAACUUGGACUACUUUGCUUGCGUUGAUUUGAUAUUAUGACUAAUUAUUACAUUAGUCAUCUGGUCCGAAACUUGGACUACUUUGUGUGCGUUAAUUUUAUGUUCACUCAUCAUUGAAAAAAUCUAUACAGUUAAAAGAUCAAUUCAAGUUUUUCUUGAAAAUAUUUUGCCAUUUUAUCCUGAAAAAUCAUCUUUCUGAUUUUCGUACUUACGUUCAAAUUUACAAGAAAUUCCAAAAAAUCCUUAUAUUCCUGCUUCUGAUUGCUCUUAUUACAUAAAUUCUUCAAAAUACAAAUUGCACAAGGAGCAGCAAAAUGUCAAGUGGACCUCAGAAUGAAAGUCUCGCUGAAGACCUAGACGGAAACACAUUCAAGAAAGUGCUGGUUGUGGGGAAGACAGGAGCAGGCAAGAGUAGUCUGUGUAACGUGAUUGCAGGCGAAGCUCAUGAUUCUGAUCUCUUCCACAUCUCGGCGUCCGUGCAAACCUCGGGAAGUACAACUUUCAGAAGUGUGUCCUUGAAUGGAAACGACAAGAACACUCAUAUAACUUUGAUUGACACGGAGGGCUAUAAGGACCCAGAAAGAGACCUCGCGUGCAUUUCGGAUCUCGUGACCGAACUUAGAACCAAAUACGACUAUGUCAAUUUGUUUGUCAUAGCUAUUAGUGGACAAGAGCCUUGCUUGGAUGGAAGCCUUAUAGGAUUGAUCAAAAUUUUUGAAGGCAUGUUUGGUGCGGAGUUUUGGUCUAGAGCAGUUAUUGUUUUUACUCGGCUACGCAUGGAUUCAGCGAGCAUUAAGUCACGAGAACAACUUGGCAAACAAAACGAUGCAGAGCUGGCUGAGAAAUACAUAACUUCCUUACAGGAGAAGUUUAAUUAUAAGGAUAAACUCGACUACCUCAUUCUAGACUCAUGUAGAGAUACUAGUGAUCACGAGGAGGAAAAGGCUUUCCAGAAGGAGUUGGGGGCACUGCAUAAAAAGGUGGAAAAUGCACCUCCACUUUACACAGAUGUUGAAAAGCUUCUCUCGGAAAUGGAGCAGCAGAUAAACAAAGAGCAGCAGAUGAACAAAGUGGACAAAGAACAAAGUAAAAAAGAGCUGGACGAGUUGGUAAGAAAAUGCUCUCGGCUGGAGGUGGACUUGAAAAAAAAAGAUGAAGAGCUCAAGAAGUGGGAUCCGAUAUUAAAGAAGUUGAGAGAAGAAGAGGAAAAGCGAGGUAAAAACACGUGUCUCCUUUUUAAGUUGUUGAGAAAGGGCAUCACAGCAGCUAAAAGAACGUUUAAGAGUCUCACGCCUUAUAUAAUUGUCUCUGGACACCGGGCCUCCAGUUCCGUUUCCCCUCAGAGAUGA